CGCAGGUGGCGAGAUUGCAGUUGGGGCAAUGCACCUGACGUCGUUCGUCUGCCCCAUUUCGCGCGACGUCAUGCGCGACCCCGUGCUGGCGGUCGACGGCCACUCGUACGAGCGCAGCGAGAUAACUCGCUGGUUCCAGCAGCGGCUGACGAGCCCGGUCACCAACCAGCGCGUGGCGUCCGCCGCCGUCGUGCCCAACCACACGCUCAAGCAAGCCAUCCAGGAAGCCCGCUCGCAAAGCGGCACAACGCGCCAAGCGAGCACUAGCCUUCCGCGGUCGUCCACCCGCCACGAAGCGCUGCCGGAAGACGGCUACUUUGUCUACCAGCUUCUCGAGCCGAUCCACUUGUGCUUGCAGCCGCGCAUUCCAGCGUACACGGAGCGCGCGAUGCUGCCGACCGGCGCGCCUCAAAUCUUGCCGCCGGGGCAGCUGGUCAUCGCCAACCGGCGCGAAUAUGGCGAAGACAACAUAGUCUUUUUGCGGCUGCAAGGCUUUGGCAGCGGCGAACCGCGGUACAUUUACGAGGCGCGCCAUGGCGUGGUCAUGGCCACACGCCUCGACGCCGUGCGCGGCGUCAGGGUGUACAAGGUGCUGCAGCCGACGCGCGUCUCGGCGCAGCCGGCUGCGAGUACCGUUGGCGACGUUCUCGCAGCCGGCACGGUCGUUUCGACCGACCUCGUCGUCACUCCAGCGAGCGGGCAGGCGUUUGCUCGGCUCGAGCGCACAACCAAGUGGGUGCGUCUGGCGCAGCUGCGGCAGCUUCCACUGACCACGGGUCGGUACAUCUUCAAACUUGAAGAAACGACAAAGGUGUCGACAAAUGCCUUGGCGCGCGUGGGCGGGAUCGUCGAGACAAUGACAGCGCGUGCGGUUCUCGCCUGCGAGAGCUACGCCAUCGACGACGCUCGCAACAUGGUGCAUGUGCAUGUGGCGAAAGGCUGGCUCACGGUGCCACAAAGCGACCUGUACACCUCCCGACCCCCGCGGCUCGCGACCGAGCCCGCCGGUCAGAAAGCACUGGUGCUACUGCAAGGUGAGUACUACCUCCUCGUGCUCAACGAAGCCCAGUGGGACGGUUCGUACGCGCAGCGCAUUCUACGCCACCUGCCGGAUGACAUGGACCGCCAGAUCGACAACUGCAUCACAAAAGGCCGGCACGUGACGCACGCGGCGCUCGGCCCGAACGGCGAGUGGUACGUGAGCGGCGCCAAGCCCGACGGUAGCGGCGCGCACUGCUGGUCCAAGCACACCUCAGCGUUCUUCCAGUCGCAAAUGGCCCCGAACGCGACGGUGGCGUUUGGAAGCGACGGCGCCUUUCUCAUGGCCUUCCCCAGCGGCACCGCCGCCUCGGAGAAGGUGCCCGACGCCUAUCACGACCGGCUCUGCAGUGGGCACCGCCUGAUUUCGCUCGGGUUCCGUCCGCACAGAUACAGCGUCGACGGUAUCUUUGUCCUCGACAGCGCCGGGCUCAUGUACCGAUCGACGCCCGACUGGCUCCUCGAGGCGUAUGAGCGUGGCGCGGUGCGCGGCUCUGGCAAGAUCUGCGGCGUGGUGCUGGCCGAAGACAACUGGGUCCUUCUGCGCGAGCACAGUUUCGAGUCGGACGCGCCCAGCGCCGUGGAGAAGGCGCUGCGUGCGUUCUACGACCGCCAUCGCAACAUGCAAGCCGCCCGAGCGCGGCUCCUGAGCUACUAUGACCGGGUUGCGCGAGGCGCCGACCACGUGCGCAUCGGACCCGUGUCGGCGCCGGCCGAGCCGAGCGACGACGAGUCGAACCGAUCGUCCGACGACCGGUCCGACCCUCCGUCUUCGUUCAAUGAGCCGUCGCGUAGCUCGUCGCCGCGCCCUAGCCGCCGUCGGCGUCUGUACUAAGAACGAAUGUUGCCGGCUUCUCGAGGCUGUCGAUGGUCGCAAGCGUUGGCGCCUGGACGCGGUCGGUUCGAGCAUCCUUGACAGAGGACCGUAGUCUUACGCAUAGCUGCAGCACCGACUGGAGCCUAGAAGCCGUGCAUCGUUGAUGUAAGCACACCACCAACCAGGUUGGCUCUUGCCCACGUCGUGCGACGACAUCUGCAGGCCUCGGGACGCGACCGAGCGCUACCACGUGUACAGUACGUGACGAAGAAACACUUGGUGCAGCAUCCUUCAACUUCCAUCAGCGUACUGCAGGCCUAACAGCAU